GAGUCUCGGCUGCAACAUUACGGACUUAAGGCGCGUUGGUGUUCCGACAGAAAGUUGUGAGGAGAGAGACUGGGCUGUAUAAAGGGAGACCCGGCAGUGGUGAGGAGAGAGGCUGGGCUGUAUAAAGGGAGACCCAGUGGUGGUGGUGAGGGCGGGGAAAAAACUGGUCUGUAUAAAGGGAGAACCGGCAGUGGUGAGGAGAGAGACUGAGCUGUAUAAAGGGAGACCGCGCGUUGUAAGGGGAGAGACGGCUGUGUAAAGGGAGACCCAGUCUACGGGAGAUGGGAUAAUGCUCCGGCUACUGAGAACAGAGGAGAACAACCUGAGGACAUAGACGGGAACCCAGGAAGUGUCCGAUCAGUUUGGAGACUCGACGAUGAACGUCUUCAUGGAGGAGCAGGGACCGCCGAGCUCCUCCGGCCGACGGGGCUCCGGACUGAGGGCGUCGACCAAGAGCAAAGCGCCCCCUCCCCCCCAACGGAGCGACCCGUAUCCCCGCUACCCCGGGGGGGGGCCCAUGGAGCAGGACGAGCUGGCCCUGGUGGUGGUCCUACCGGGAGGGGCGGAAAAGACCACCAGCGUGCACGGCAGCAAACCCCUCAUGGACCUCCUGGUCAUGCUGUGUGCUCAGUACCACCUCAGCCCCUCCAGCCACACCCUGGAGCUGGUCACCGCUAACAGGAAGCACGUCAAGUUCAAGCCCAACGCCCGCAUCGGAGCGCUGGGCGCCCAGCGGGUUCUGCUGAGAGCCAAAGGAGACGAGGACAAGAACACAACCGCCGGACCCCCGAUGCCAGAGCAAACGGUUCGGAUGGUGAUAAACUACAAGAGGAGCCAGAAGACGAUCCUGCGGGUGAACCCUCGCGUUCCUCUGGCAGAACUCCUCCCGGCCAUCUGUGAAAAAUGUGAGUUUGAGAGGGAGACGACGAUCCUGCUGCGCGAUGCGGACGCCCGCGGGCCCCUGGACCUAUCCAGCUCCCUCAACGACUACGCCAUCAGAGACGUCUACGCCAGGGACACUAAAGAUGACCUUGAUUCACCUGUGUGCCCCGCCUCCCCCUCACAGUCAGUGAUGCUGAGACUUGGUAAAGAUAAGAACCAGCAGGAAAAGGAAAACAAAGGCUUCAGCAUGUUCAGAAGAAGCAAGAAGAGAUCAGAGCAGCCAACGACGGCCAGCGCCCCGGCGUCCCCAGUCCUGGUCAGCAAGCCGCGACCUCUCAGCAUGGCGUUACCCAGCAUGCACCCUUCUCCCCUCGACCGCCAGCUGUCCCUGGAGGCAUCAAAGAAGAGGCGCGCCCCCCAGCCUCCCGGGGCCACGCCCCAGAGCCGCCCCGCCCCGCCCCGCGGCCCGCGGCCAAUCAGCGCCCAGCCCGGCUCCCCGGACCAGGACCAGACCGGUUUGCGGCGUGGGUCUACAGACUCAAAGAGCAUCAAACGCAAGGCCCCACCGCCGCCCUCCUCCCUAUUGGGGGUCCAGGACCCGGCCUCUCCCCAGGACCCGGCCUCUCCCCAGGACCCGCCCUCUCCCCAGGACCCGGCCUCGUCCCAGGACCGUGCCCAAGACUCAGUGGAAGGAGCUAGAAGAUCUGCUGUUUUCUUCUGCCUUUUUCCGUCUCAAGGUUUCAUCCUACACUCCUCAAGCAACGGCACCCUGGAGGGGAUCAGUGAGCAGGAGGAGGCCCCGCCCCUCUGUGACCCCCAGCCGAGGGACCAGAGCGGGCCCUGUCCGUCAGCAGACCUCUCCACGGUGGCCCCGCCCCCGGGGGGCCCCCAGGGGCCUGCCCCCACGCCGGCCGGGACCAGUGGAGAUCAGCCAGGUGAUCUGUCCACAUAUGGCAAGUCAACACAGAACACAGUGAGGGACGCUGUAGUGGACCCCCGGCCAGAGAGGGACGCUGUAGUGGACCCCCGGCCAGAGAGGGACGCUGUAGUGGACCCCAGGCCAGAGAGGGACGCUGUAGUGGACCCCCGGCCAGAGAGGGACGCUGUAGUGGACCCCCGGCCAGAGAGGGACGCUGUAGUUGAAGUGGACGCCAGGCUGGUCCCCGUCUUGAUGGAAGGUCCUGCUGAGAGAGGUCCGGUCGAGGUGCUGACGGAGGAACCUUUAGAAAGCCAUAGACGCAGCGUGGGCCCCGCCCCAGCCCCGCCCCUAACCCCACCUCCACCACCGCCCCAAACCCCACCUCCACCACCGCCCCAAACCCCACCUUCACCCCACCCUCAUGGAGUGGAGACAGGAGAGGCAACAGCCCCUCCCCUUCCUGUUCCUGCUCCACCAAGAGAGGCAGCAGCCCCUCCCCUUCCUGUUCCUGCUCCACCAAGAGAGGCAGCAGCCCCUCCCCUUCCUAUUCCUGCUCCACCAAGAGAGGCAGCAGCCCCUCCCCUUCCUGUUCCUGCUCCACAAAGAGAGGCAACAGCCCCUCCCCUUCCUGUUCCUGCUCCACCAAGAGAGGCAGCAGCCCCUCCCCUUCCUGUUCCUGCUCCACCAAGAGAGGCAGCAGCCCCUCCCCUGCCUGUUCCUGCUGGAUCGCCGGGGUCACGGAGAGGCGAGGCCGUUGAGGAGCGCCCCCUCCCGGACCCCGCCCCCCCCCGCGGCCCCUCGGAGUGGGGGCUCCCGUCUGGCCGGGCCCCUGACGCUGAGGUGAAGCCUAAACCCUCCAACGAACUGACGAGGGACUACAUCCCCAAGGUGGGCAUGACCACCUACACCAUCGUGCCCCAGAAGUCUCUGGAGAAGCUCCGGUUCUUUGAGGUGGAGCUGACGCUGCAACCGCCGCCUCCUCCACCCGGGGCCCUCGACCCAGACGCACAGGGGGGGCUGCCUCCUAACGAGGCCCUCGACCCAGACGCACAGGGGGGGCUGCCUCCACCCGGGGCCCUCCACCCAGACGCACAGGGGGGGCUGCCUCCACCCGGGGCCCUCCACCCAGACGCACAGGGGGGGCUGCCUCCCCCGCCGGAGGAGCAGGACGGUCUCCUGACCCCUGGAGCGGCAGCAGGAGACCCCGGCAGCACCGCUGCUGUCAGCCCCCCUCCUCUGCCUCAGCAGACCACCACUGGGGACGCCUCCCCGACCAAUCACAGUGCAGUCAAGCAGGCGAAGGUUCCGCCCCUGACCAAACCCAAGCCCGGGUCCUUCCGCCGGCCCCCGCUCGGCACCGCCCCCGCCCUCAGCUCUGCGGCGGUGAGGAGGCUCAGCUCCCUCCCAGGGGCCCGCCCCGCCGAGGCCCCUCCUCCUGCCCCCCCCUCCGGCAUGCAGGGCCCAGAGAGUGUGGGGGGCCCUGCUGUUGAGGGCCCUGCUGCGGGUGGCCGGGGCGUGGGGGGCCCUGGGGCCCCCCGGCAGGGCGGCUGGGCGUCGCGGGGGCCCACCGCGGGGCUGAGCCUGGACAAGCUGAGGAGCUUCACGGCGCCCCGCCCCUACACCCCCUCCACCCCGUCCCGCUUCGCCCAGGCCGUGUCCUCCGCCGUGAGGAGGACCCAGUCGCUGUCCAAGGCCUCAGCCUCUUCAGCCUCAGCCUCCCAGGCGUCAGCCUCUCCGGCCUCCCCGACCUUGCCGCCGUUCUCCCCGGACCUGACCAGCAGCCAGGUGGAGUCGCCCAGCAGGCCCUGAAAACACGCCUUCCUCGACCUCUUCCUGACCCCCUUAGCAAUAACUGUAUGGUUAGACAUUAUGAAUAACUGGUUAUAUAUUAUGAUUUUAAAUAACUGUUUGGUUAUACAUUAUGAAUAACCGAAUGGUUAUACAUUCUGAAUAACUAUACAUUAUUAUUAUACAAAUGAAAGGAAGGCACAUUUAUUAUUCACUGCUGUUUUUUUUUUUUCUUUGCACAACAUUAUCUGAGAAUAUUAUUCUAUUUGGAAAAAAACAUAAUUUAAAAAUAACUUUAUUCUUUUAUUUAGUGUCCUUAGAUGUUGAUUUGAAGGGUCAAGCGACCGCAGUACUGAUGAUAAUGACUAAUUAAGCUGGAGAUGUUGUAGCCAGCCUGGGUUAUGGUACUAAACUGUUUUAUUUUCCUCAGUGAUCACUUCAAAUAUGUAUUUUAAUAUAAAAAGGAUGGUUCUUGGUUAAGCUAUGUGCAAACAUACUGAUAUGUAAAAUCUGACUCUGAUUCUAUAGAGAAGGGUUGACAUUAAUAAAGAUUACGUGAAAAACA